AUGCGGAACCUGUCGAAGGUGGUUAUCGGAAACCGACGAAAUCGAAUCAGUCUACGAUUCACGCCGUACGGGCCCCGCGGUUCUGAUUGCCCAAGAUGGAUGACAGAUAAACACAUGUUUCAGGCCGCGGCAUUUCAGUCGAGCGACUCGGGCAGGAAGCAAUUCAGUGAUAAUGAUGAUGUUUAUGAUGAAUCUAACAACGGUGAUAUGGACAAUGAACUUGACGACGAAAAUGACGAUGAAUUUGAAGACGAAGACGACGACGAUGAUGAUGACGACGAAGACGACGAUUAUGAUCAUGACGACGAAGACUACGACAAUAAUGAUGGCGACAUCGACGACAAUAAUGAUAAGGAAUUUGACGAAGACGACCAUCAUGAUGACGAUGACGAUCAUCAUGAUGACGAAGACGACCAUCAUCAUGACGAUGACGAUCAUCAUCAUGAUAAUGCAUUGCAUUCGCGGAAACGUCGUUUGUACCUGUACUACAACGUCUGCAAACACAACGGAUUGCAUAUUGCGGGUGACGUGCGUAAGUGCUUUCGCGCGUCACGCUGUGACAUCAUCGUCACUCACCUGUCAGGUAGCCAGGUGGAGGUAAACCGCGAACUGGAUUUCCGUGUUCCAGUACGUCCGGACUGCCAUCGCUGA